CAUGUCUGUGUUUGAGGGAGAGCGAGGGAGAGAGUGAAAAGGAGGGAGGGAGGGAGAAAUAUAAGAGACAGAAAUAGAGGGGAAGGUAACACAGCAGAUUACUUCCCUGCCAGGCUCACCAUGUUUCUGUUGCAGACUGUGACUGUUAUUUCUCUGACUGUCAUUCUCCUGGGCUCGGUGGAAGGUAACGGGGUACAGAUGCAGAGAGAUGUUCAGUGCUGUAUGCAGUACUCCCAGGGGAAAGUGCGCACCAAAGACGUGCUGAGGUUUGAGGUACAGACGGAGGGGCCAGACUGCAGUAUAAAAGCCAUCAUACUGUACACCAAGAAGGCGGUGAAGUGUGCUGACCCCAGAGACCGAAAGGUCAAGAGGUUACUGAGGAAGCUGCUCCAGAGGCAGAGGACCAAAGCACAUAGGAUCAUGUGGCUCUACCCUCAUGGCAACCUGCCAGUCAUGUCGGAGGACAAGAAGGAUGGGUGGGAUGCCUUCCAUGUGGAAUGAGUGUGAGGUUGUUGUUACCACAGGAGAAUUAUUGUCAUAGGCCAAGUAAACUUCCAGCGGCUUGUCAUCCUAACUCAGCCAAGCUUUCUGACUCUCCAGUCGUCUCGUGUCAAUAUCUCCCUGGGAGUGUGGUGGCUGAGCUGUCAUUGCCAUACAGUCCAUGAGAGGUUUUGAUAUAUAGCUAAAUGUAUUUUACACUGACUGUCGCUAACUAUGCCAAAGUAUUAUGCUAAGUAUUUCUGAUUACUCUAGCCCAAGAAACCAGUCUUCACCGUCUAUGUAUACCUGUUCAAUGUAUACCUGUUCAAUUUCCUAGAGGGCUUGUUCUCUCCUGAAACACAAUGUAAUGUAGAAAAAUGCACUGUCUGUUUAAACACGACAUCUGAAGUGGAUCUUUUCUAAAUAAAUGGACCUGAAAGAA